CGCGCCCCCCUUUCAUCGCACUUGCCUCUGUAGCAUCGUCCAGGUGGGCGGUAGACGGGGCCGCGCACACGUGACCUGUCAGAUGAGCGUGCAGGUGAGAAGCUGUGCACCGAGAGGCCGGGAGAUGCUGGAGAGGUGACCCGCUCCGCCUGAUGACACGGACUCCUCCCCCGUCCUGCAGCGGCCUCUUAUUCAAUGGCACAAGACCAUGAGACCUCACUAGGAAGUUCUUCUUUGUCCACCUCCCUGGAGGCUGACUCGACCCUCCAAGAGAACUACGUGUGCACUCUGACCCCUGAACUCAUCCAGAAGGCCAGAGAGGAACUUCAGGAGAAGCCGGAAUGGAGACUACGUGAUGUCCAGGCUCUCCGGGACAUGAUCUGGAAGGACUAUCCGAACCUCAGGACCAGGGUGGAUGACGUCUUCCUCCUCCGCUUCCUCAGGGCCCGCAAGUUUGACUACGAUCGGGCCCUGCAGCUCUUAGUCAACUAUUAUGGCUGCCGGAAGGGCUGGCCCGAGCUUUUCACGGACCUGAGACCAUCUGCUGUGAAGCCGGUGCUGGACUCUGGCUUCCUAACCGUCUUGCCUCAAAACGACAUGCAGGGGAGACGCGUUGUCUGCAUCCUUAGCCGAUGGAAUCCCCGGGAUUAUCCAAUGACGGAGAACAUACGUGCCAUGUACCUGUCCCUGGAGAAGCUGAUCGAGUCAGAAGAGACGCAAGUGAAUGGAAUUGUCAUCCUGGCCGAUUACCAAGGGGUGGGCUUGUCUCAGGCUUCCCAUUUUGGACCCUUCAUAGCCAAAAAAGUGAUUGGGAUUCUGCAGGAUGGUUUUCCGAUCAGAAUAAAAGCCGUCAACGUCAUCAACGAACCGAGAAUAUUCAAAGGGAUUUUUGCGAUAUUGAGGCCGUUUUUGAAAGAGAAGAUUGUGAAUCGGUUUUUCCUGCACGGGUCAGACUUGAGCUCUCUCCACAGCAACGUGCCGAAGGCCAUCUUGCCCGAUGAAUAUGGAGGGACGGCGGGCAAACUGGAUACCUCUGCCUGGAGUCAGAUCCUCCUGGCGUCUGAAAAUGACUUUGCACAAGGCUUCUACCAGGCCGACCUCGCCCGCGACGGCUCCCUACAAGGACUUGUCUUGAACGAUUCCGAGUCCGACUACCUGCAGUGCGAGGAGUCCGCUCGUGGGGUGAAAUCUCAGCUCUAUUGUUACUGAAUAGUAUUUUUUUUUGUGUUGUCGGUUGUGUCGUACAGAAGAGGCCUCGGUAUUCACACCCUUUCCUGUAUCCUCAUUUUACCUGAUUUACUUGGCUGCUGUACAAUCCUUCAUGCUCAACCCUAAUAAUUGUGG